AUUUUAUUUACAGGGUACUGGGUAAUUGUAAUGGCUUUGAACUUCUAUAAUUCUGCGUUUCCUGCACAACGUCAAGUAAAGUUGACAUCUGGGAGCAAUAAAUGUCAUCAAAAUGUGAAAAAUCUUGUAAGUAGAGUUGGGGUUCCGUCAAUUUCAUGUUCUCCUGAUGAAUCUCUCCAAAAGGGCAACUGGGUCAAGCUCAUAUGUGGGGCUAGCUUUGAGGAUGUGGUUGAUAUCAGGAAUCUCUCCUUAGUUUACACUCUUGCAGGAGUUGAUUGCAUCGACUGUGCUGCGGAUGCAUCAGUAGUGAGUGCUGUAAAUGAGGGUAUUGAAGCGGCAAGGGAGAUUGUACCCCUUAGGAGGCCUUGGGUUAUGGUCAGUGUUAAUGAUGAUGAGGACCUUCAUUUUCGUAAAGCUGAAUUUGAUCCAGAGAAUUGUCCCUUGGACUGUCCAAGACCUUGUGAGAAUGUUUGUCCUGCCAGUGCUAUAUUAUUUGAGAAAGAAAAAUCAAUAGCAGAAGUUUUUUAUCGUGCCAAUCAAACUGGUGAACAAAAGAGUGGAGUAAUAACUGAACGCUGCUAUGGUUGUGGACGUUGUUUUCCAGUUUGCCCAUAUGACAAAAUAGGAAUGGUUACAUAUGUAAGAGAUACUGCUGCCACAGCUGAACUUCUUAGAAGGGAUGAUGUUGAUGCUGUAGAAAUACACACAAGUGCAAGACAGAUCAAACCCUUUAGGGAACUCUGGGAUGGUUUGGAUGAUUCAAUUACAUAUCUGAGACUGGUUGCCGUGAGCUUACCCAAUAUUGGGGAUGAGACUGUGUCCUCAAUGAACUCAAUGUACUCUGUUAUGCAACCCUGUCUCUCUUGCUUCAAUUUAUGGCAGUUGGAUGGCCGCCCAAUGAGUGGAGAUAUUGGACAGGGUGCCACAAGGCAAUCAAUUGAAUUUGCUGUUCAUUUGGCUUCAGCCAAAUAUAGACCUCCCGGUUUUCUUCAAUUAGCGGGUGGUACCAAUGCUCAUACUGUCGAUGGUCUGAAGAGAAAGGGACUUUUUCAAACAUCAGGUGAACCUAAGCAAAAGCAUUCUAUAAUCGGUGGCAUAGCAUAUGGUGGCUAUGCUCGGAAGAUCAUUGGAAGGAUCUUAAGCUCCCUGCAACCCCAGCAUGGUUUUGCCUGCAUUGAGGAUUAUCCGGAUCAUCUCUUGGAGGCACUUGGUGAAGCAAUUGCUUUAGUUGGAACAGUUAAGUCCUACCAUUCCUCGUAGAAAAAUGUUCACUCAUCUUAUUUAUCUGAACCUAAAUCUUCACACUAUUUAUGAAAUAAAAGGUUUUGAUUUGUUGAUCUUUCAUGUAUCAAAGCAACAAAGACCAAACAAAGCAAAUGGUAUAUAUGGAGAGGGUAGAAAUGAGUUUCAUGGGUUCGAACACGUCACUCACAAGAGGUGAACAGUUCUAAUCCAAAAUUUAAUGCCACUGGAUCAUAACAGGCCAUUCGAGAGAUAUGGUUUGUUUAUCUAUACAUAUAAAGCAAAAACAUGAUGAGAUAUGCACGGAUUCGCAAUUUUUAUUGGAUCAAGAUGCUCCCCCAAAACUACUUUGAAUAAGCCGCAAGUUUUUCA